AUGACAGGAAACCCCCCGCAUGACCACAUCCAUGACCAAGUCGUUCCCCGAGAACACUUUUGCAGCCUUGAUGUCAUUGUGCCAGUAGCCAGCCUAGUGCACAAGACCAAGCAUGGCGUGGAUCUGCUGGCCACACCGCAGGAGGCAGGCUGCAUCCAUGGGGCGGGGCACAUGCUGCAACAUGGCGGGGUACAGGGGCAUCAGCAUCGCGCACUUGACACGCACGCUGGACUGACUGAAGGAGAUGACGUCCCUGGGGCUGCACCUGGCCAGCUGCACCGGACUCACAAUGCUAGUGACUGCGGCUUCCAGCAGGUCUCUGAUCACUUUGUGCUCAUGCUCCACGUCCGCAGGGUCCAGUGUGAACUUGGCCAGCAGUGGUUUGACGUGGUCCUGAAACACCAUGAGCAGCACCGCCCUGCAGCAUGGGCAUACUGCUGCUGCAAGGUGAUGCCACGACAGAAUGGUACCACCACUGCAGCAGCUCGUCAUCGGCGAAUGGCAGCUGUGGCGCGAAGGACUCAACAAGAUCCUGCACCAAGCGCAGUUCCAGCCUCUCCACUAGGUGCUCAAGCCAUGAUUGUAGGUCGGGCAAGCUCUGGGGUCCCACAUGCUGACCACCUGGAUCUUGUUGAGUUCUUCACACCACAGCUGCCAUUCACCGACAACAAGCUGCUGCAGCAGUUGUACCAUUCCAUCACGGCAUCACCUCACAGCAUCACAAAGGUGCUGUUUAAGGAGCACAACAGCCUAGUGUUCAACAGUCCAUACAGCAGCGGUAUGCCUGCAAGGGUGGUGCUGCUCAUGGCGUUUCAGGACCACGUCAAACCACUGCUGGCCAAGUUCACACUGGACCCUGCAGACGUGGAGCACAAGCACAAAGUGAUCAGAGACCUGCUGGAAGCCGCAGUCACUGGCAUUCAUGUGCCCCGCCCCAUGAAUGCAGCCUGCCUCCUGCGGUGCGGCCAGCAGAUCCACACCACGCUUGGUCUUGUGCACCAGGCUGGCAACGGGCACAAUGACAUCAAGGCUGCAAAAGUGUUCCUGAACAGUCAAGGUGACUGCAUCCUUGGUGACUUCGGCUCCGCAUGCCGCCUGGGUGUGGUCCCGAGGGAAUCCACCACAACACACUGGCUGGUCGACAUCCACAUGACAUGCACGGCUGCGGACUUCUUCCUGCUGGCGGUGACGUUGCUGGAGCAUGUGGGGGUUCACGACCUCCAUGAAUUCCCCACCACCGUGGGGCUGCGGCUGGCGGCCGAACAGCUGGAGGGUGCUUCAGCUGAACACCCCAUGCUCGAUACAUGUGGACUUGUUAAGUCAGAUGCAUCCAGGAGUGCAAAAAUGCGACGUCCGGGUCUGCGCGAGGCCCUCGCCACGGCCUCAAACAUGCGCUGA